CCCCCAGGAUUUAUAUAUAAAUACACACAAUUCACUCUCCAUUUUCUCCACAUAAAAAACAAGAAAACCCUACUAGCAGUCUUUUCAGACAACACAUAUUCCAAUAUAUUAUUAUUUACUUCUUCUUAUCAGUUAUUAGAAGUUUUGAUGGAGAGAGUGAGUAAAAUGGUGUCGGAGAAGGCGGUGGUGAUAUUCAGCAUGACGAGCUGCUGCAUGAGCCACACGAUCAUAUCACUCUUCAGCGAGUUCGGCGUCAAUCCGACGGUGUACGAGCUUGACGAGAUCUCCAGUGGGCGGGAGAUUGAGCAGGCCCUGUCCAGGCUCGGCUGCAACCCCACCGUGCCGGCGGUGUUCAUCGGCGGCGAGUUCGUCGGAGGUGCCAACGAGGUCACGAGCCUCCACCUCAAAAGGGCACUAAAGCCUAUGCUCGAAAGGGCCGGCGCACUCUGGGUAUGAUCGAUGACGUCAUUGCUGUGUUGUUUAACUGGGGCGCCUACCCGAAUGAAUUAAUAAUUAAUAAUUAAUAAUCACAGUGCAGUAGUUUUCGUUGCACCUGGUGUUAUUAUAUUAUAUGCUUUUGUAGAAUCUUGUUGCAUAUCGGUUCUUCUCAUUUAAUGUUGUUAACCAAUUUCUAUCGGCAAUGAUAUAUGGAUAAAGUUUUGUGAUAUAUGAUUAAUUGUGUCAUCGUCU